CUUAAGCCCUUCCUUUCAAGCCCUGAAUGCCUGAAUGUGAGCUGCCCACCAACCUCCCCGCCCUCCCCCACUCUGCAACCCCACUCCAGCGGCUCCGGGGGAAAAAAGUUUCAACAACAACAGGCAGGACCAAUAGCAUCUCGAAAAGCCGGGAAAGGGGGCCGAGCAAAGGGCGAAAGAGUGGAGAAAGGAGAAAGCGGGCAGGCUCCGAGCGCGCGGGGCCGGGGCUCGGUGAGCCGAAGGAGCGUUGCUAAUGUUUUUGUUUGUUUGCUUUUCCAUGCAUGCAUAAUGAGGGGGCACCGCGGCACCACGCGGGGGCUCCCGGCCCACUUUUGUAUUUAAAGCCUCGCUGCUGGAGAGUCCGUAGCCGGGCUCAGCGGAUCCGCUCCCCGGGCUCCUUGUCACCCGAGAAGCCGCCGGCGAGGGAAGCCCGGGAGCCGCUUUCUGACCGCGCGGAAUUUCUUGUUCUCUCCGCGCCUCCCGGAAAGGGCUCCCCAGAGCUCGGCCGAGGCCGGGGUCGCCGCGGGCGGAGGGGGAGGGGACGCGGGCGGCCCGGCCGAGGGAAGGCGGGCAGCACACGGACCUGAGCCAGGAAGCGGCGCGAUGCUAGAGCCCGCAGCGGCAGCGCUGGGGCGCUGAGCCGGGGAGGAAGGAGCUGCUGCGGACGCACAACGGAUCUGCAGGCGCGGAGCAAAAUGCACCCGCGGCGCUCCGCGGUCCUGCAGCGCCGCUGCGGCCCCGCGGCCCGCAGCCCACCGGGGCGGCAGUGAGCGCCUCCCGCCACAACCGGGGGCCGACAGGAGGGGUUCUUCGCGGCUGUGCGUUUCUAGGAAGCCACGGCAGCCAGAGCCAGACCGACCUUCUGCAAGCAGCGGACUACCAGCCAGCGGGCGCGCAUGGAUUUAUGAAAACACUCAUGCAAGAAGUUGGCAGGACUGAGGCAAACUUUUCCGCCGGCUCCGUGUACGCCGCUCCCCGCACCUCGUUUCCUUUCCCCUCCUCGCCCGGCGGCCGCCGCUGCCCGCGAUGGUGGCAGGGCUGCUGGGCGGCGGGGCCCGCGGGGGGACCGUGCCGGGCGCCUGGCUGUGCCUGAUGGCGCUGCUGCAGCUGCUGGGCUCGGCGCCGCGGGGCUCCGGGCUGGCGCACGGCCGCCGCCUCAUCUGCUGGCAAGCGCUGCUCCAGUGCCAGGGGGAGCCGGAGUGCAGCUACGCCUACAACCAGUACGCGGAGGCGUGCGCGCCGGUUCUGGCGCAGCGUGGCGGGAGCGACGCGCCCGGAGCUGCAGCCACCUUCCCGGCCUCAGCCCCUUCCUUUUCCUCGCGCUGGCGCUGUCCGAGCCACUGUAUCUCGGCCCUUAUUCAGCUCAACCACACGCGCCGCGGGCCUGCUCUGGAGGACUGUGACUGCGCGCAGGACGAGAACUGCAAGUCCACCAAGCGCGCCAUUGAGCCUUGCCUGCCUCGGACCAGCGGCGGCGGCGCGGGCGGCCCGGGUGCGGGCGGGGUCAUGGGUUGCACCGAAGCCCGCCGGCGCUGCGACCGCGACAGCCGCUGCAAUCUGGCGCUCAGCCGCUACCUGACUUACUGCGGCAAGCUCUUCAAUGGGCUGCGUUGCACAGAUGAGUGCCGCACUGUCAUCGAGGACAUGCUAGCUGUGCCCAAGGCAGCGCUGCUCAACGACUGCGUGUGCGACGGCCUUGAGCGGCCCAUCUGCGAAUCGGUCAAAGAGAACAUGGCCCGCCUGUGCUUUGGUGCGGAACUGGGUAACGGCCCAGGCAGCAGCGGCUCGGACGGGGGCCUGGACGACUACUAUGAUGAGGAGUACGACGAUGAGCAGCGCGCCGGGGGCGCUGGUGGUGAGCAGCCGCUGGACGACGACGACGGCGUCCCGCACCAGCCGCGCCCGGGUGGCGGCGCUGCUGCGGCGGGCGGCCACGGGGACCUGCCCUAUGGGCCCGGGCGAAGGAGCACCAACGGCAGUGGACGCUUGGCUCCCCAAGGUGCCUGGACCCCGUUCGCCUCCAUCUUGCUGCUGCUGCUGCUCCCGCAGCUGUUUUAGCCCUCGCGCCCUCCGACAUGGGCUGCGGGAGGGCCUGUGCCAGGGCACCUGUGGGGACAGAGAGGACAGAGGGGAUGAAUAGGGAAUACUUGCCAAAACGUUUUCAAAGUUGACUGUACUUAGCCAGUCUCCCCGCCACAACUUUGGCACUUUGCUCGUCUCCGCUCCUGAGCAUGACUUCUUGGACAUCCUUCCCUGGCCCCAUUUCAGGCUCCAGAAACUCCCAACACAUCUGCCCUGCAGAAACUAGCCUAGCUAAAGUUCUGGACGCCUGGCAUGGAAUGGGCGGCGGGGCAGGGUGAGGGCGAGCAGAAAUGUAGUCCUGGACUCCAAAGAGUGUGCUGAGCAGUGGGGCCUUAGCAUUUUUCAAGGGACUGGGCUCAGAGCAAGGGGUUUGAGGGGGGUUUAUAUUUGCAAAAGGGGCUGUCAGUUUAUGAGCAUUUGGGGGGGGGGGGUUGGGAAGGAGCCGGUAUCUACUUUUAUUGUGGCCAGUAAGGACAUUGCAGUCGUCAGUAAUAAGAAAAGUCUCAUUUAUUGGUUCAUUAGCUUAUCAACUGGUUCCUUGGUUUUGGUACCAGCGCCCUGAAUUCUCAGUUUGGGGUAGGAAUGGGAAGAGGUUAGUACCCCCGAAUUAGUUUUAGAUAACUUUGAGCCUUUGACCUUAAUUUCAUUCUCACCACUCUGAUCUCUUAGUACAUUUCUUAGGAUUAAGGAUAAAAAAAUGCUGAUCUAAAGAGUUACUAGUGAUACUGAAAAUGCAAGUUUGUAUUAAGUGAGCUCUGCACUGCGUCUAUGAAAACCUCUUUAUGAUUGUUUUGUUGUCAUUUCUGUUCUUUACAUCAAGAAAUUGUAUGUACAAAUAUGCAGAGAACGUAUAUUGCUUCUGCUUCUAUCAGGGUGCUAAACCCUGGUACUUCUUAUAUAAAUUGUAUUAAAACUGGGGUUUGUUACCAGUUGCUGUACUUUGUAUAUAGAAUUUUUAUAAAUUGUAUGCUUCAGAAAUAAUUUAUUUUUAAAAAGAAAUUAAAAACUUUAAAUCCACAUUCAUGUUACACCUCUUCUCCCUGAAAUGUAUAGAAACUGUCAUCAGGGAUCCAAACCCACAGCCGCUGUAAAGUGUGCUCUGUCUAGAACAGCCUUGAAAUGUACAGUGUAUUUUAUAGAUUCGAAGUUAACAUUCUUAUUUUCAAGAGAAUUUAUGGACAUUGUAGAAAUGUAUAAAUGCAUUUCCAAACUGCCUUAAACGUAUUUUUAUAGACAUCUUUAAAAAAAAGUCUUAUGUUUUAAGUAA